UUUGGGCGCGGGAGGGGGAGGGGGAAAGAACUACCGGGGGAUUCCCGAGUGCUGGCUCUGAAAUUGGGGCAGCUUUCGCUUUGCCUUCCUGGAACCAGCAGCUGUGCAUGGUAGGGUUUGUACGUCGCGUCCAAGGCAGGGACAGCUGAGCCCCUAUAAGAAUCCUUGAGAGCCUGGGAGUGGGCGUUUCACUUUUCCUGCGACUGGGGAGUCCCUCAGCGUCUGCCCUUUGACUUUUGACAUGUGUGCAGCUUCUGCUUCUCCAGAUAUGGAAAACAUGGAUAAAAGAGACCAACCAUUCAUGACAGUUCAGAAAAAUGAUACCUCAGAUAAUCUGGUAUUUCGUAUGAAAAAUGAACUGAGAAGCAUCAAGUAUAAACCAGUAGACUAUCAACAACUGCAUGCAUUAACCGAAGCAAAAAAAUUAGCUUCUGCCUCUACAGAGCUAAAGAUCAGAAAAGCAGUGCAGACUUCAAAGAUAUCUAAAGAGCAGACACUAAUAAAGCAACACAAGCAAGUGUGGUGGCAAGAACACCAAAGGCUAAAUGAAGUCAGAUGUAAAAUGGAAUCUGAAAUAAAAUCCUUACUCAAUGAAGAGAACAUUGGAAAUGAAUGUCUUUCUGACCUUAUGAAUUUCGAACAAGAGUUAUCAGAACAAUGGUGCACAUAUCUUAAAAAUGUAAUAAAUCCUCUUAAGCAAUUGAGAACAGAUCUAAAAUACAGACAGCAUCACAUUUCACAGCAUUCAUACUCGCACAGUGAAUCUAAUUCUGUGAAAGUACUGGAAGAGGUUGACUUUGUGAAGAAACAAUUGAAAGCCGCCUAUGAAAGACUUAGGCUAGAGCAACAGAAAAUAGAAAAUUAUCUUUCAGACUGGAGUUUGAAAACACUUGAUCAUUCUUCAGAAGAAAGAAGUAACCUGCUUAGUGAAAUGCCCGUGGAAUUAGAAACUUUGGAAUGUCCGUACCCUGACUUGAAGUUUUCAAUCCUUAAUGAAUUCUGUAACUUUACAGAGAAAUAUCAAAAGAAACUUCAAGAUUUUGAUAUGCAGUUAGAAGAUAUAUACAGAAACUUCCAAUUAAGUGAUGAAGACCACUGGUUUUACCAGGCUCUUGUGGAUCAGUAUCCUAGGGAUCUCAGUGGCAGAAGGACUCUGUAUCUGGACAUGUUACAAAGACAUUUUCCUCAUAAAUCGAGGCAUGAUUUGGUUGAACAUGAAAAAUAUUGUGACCAAUAUCACUUUGCUAAGGAGCAGCGAAGGAUCCUGAUAUCAAGUUGGAGUAAGAAUAGGAGAGACUUUAUACAGAAGGCUGUGCUGACAGUGGCCGAGGCCUGUGCAACUCAUAGAAUGGAAAACAUGUUGGUUAAGGACAGGAAAAAGCAACAGGAAGUGUGUGCUGAUCUGAAAGCCAAGGUUAUUCAGUGGCGAGCCCACCAGGAAGAGGUAGCAAGACUGGAAAUGGAAAUUUCUGCCAGAAGAAGAGAAAAGGAAGAGGAGAAAGAGAAACUGUGGAAGAAGAAGGAAUUGUUACAAAGAGAAGAGAAGAAAAAAAAAAUAAGAAAAUACUGGGCUAAAAAAGAGCAGAAAUGGCAAGAAAUGGAAAUGAGAGAUCUUCAGCAUCUGGAAGAAUUGAAGAAAUUAAUGGCUGAACAGUCAGUAAAAGACAGAGAAAGGGUUAAAUAUAGACAAGAAUUAUUGGAAAAGCGUUUGAUGGAGAAAAAAGAAGUGACCCUUCAAGAAGCACUUGAAGAAGCAGAGAGAGAGAAGCGAAUAGAAGCCCUAAGGAAACAGGUUGCUAUGGUCGCUCAAUUUGAUCCUGUUAGAAUGAUGUCAGACACAAUGGCAUCAAAAGCGAGGAUGGGUAUUGGAAUCAAAGAAGAAUUUAUUCUUCAAAAGCCACUCUUCACAUUGAAUACAUACAAUGAACAGCAGGGUGAUGGAACAUGUAGCUUGGAGGCAAGCAAUAGAGGCCAUUUAUCUGUCUUUUACUCAAGCUUUCAAUUCUAUCAUACAUGGGAUGCCCAGCAGCCAGCCAAGAAAGUUUCUGGAAGCUACAAGUCCCAGAUCAAGAUUCCAGCUGAUUCCAUAUCGGUUGAGAGCUCUCUUCCUGGUUUGCAGAUGGCAACCUUCUCACUGCAUCCUCACAUGGACUUUUCUCAGUACGUGGGUACAGAGAGAGAAAGAGAGUGAGCUCUCUGGUGUCCCUUCUGAUAAGGACACUAAUUCUAUCAGAUCAGGGCCCCAUCCUGUGACCUCAUUUAACCUAAUUCCUUAUAGACCCCAUCUCCAAAUAUAGCCACACUGAGGGUUAGAGCUUCAGCAUAUGAAUUUGGUGAGGGGAACACAAAAAUUUAAUCCAUAACAAUAUAUAUAGAUAUAUUAAUAUGUAUAAUUAAUUCACUUUUACUUUGUGUCAGGCACUGUGCACAUUGCUGGGGAUAUAAAAUGGUUAAGAUAUUGUUCCUCUUUUUGGUGAGAAUGCUAAAAAUCUACUCUUAGCAAAUUUCAAGUGUACAGCACAGAGUUAAACUAUAGUCACCGUACUGUACAUCAGAUCCUCAAAACUUAUCAUCUUAUAACUAGAAAUUUGUACCGUUUGACCACUUAGACCAACAUCUCCCCAUUCCUUGCCCCCAGCCCUUG